UGCGCGAAGCUAUAAAACGAUACAGUGCCAUCUGCUUUGGUGAAUUGCAGUCGAUUCUGAAUAGAAUAAGCCGUCUAUGAGCUACAAUAUUCCCUUCGAUGGCGGCGUUGUUGCUGUGUGUGGACCCCUGUAGAGCUGGCUACGGGGCAGUCAAAUGUCUCGUAAAGGAACUCCCUCCGCUUGCAAGUCAAAACAAAUCCCGCGAAUCUUUCGUAAUCGGCGAGGUUUGUGUUCGGUUCGCAGUUGGCCGCAAGGAGAGGUCGGGAUUGUGGGUAGUUCGAUAGGUUACAAUCAAUUAAGCCUCCUGCCUGGUUCGCCGGAUGGGGACAAAAGGGAGGAAACAAAUAAAAAAGAAAAACAGAAAGCUAAGAACAACGACGACACUGUACAGUAUCACGACAGAGUGUGGAUCGAGGGUAACCAAGUGACAAACAAUAGUGUUAUAGACGAAUCGAAUGUUGACGUUGGGAUCGGUAAAACCGCCGAUGUCGAGACUGUAGCCGACAUUGAGAAAUGGUUAAAAACGCGAUCGGAAUCCGUGUCGAGCAUGGAUCUCGACGCGAUCAAGUCCGGGGUCGAGGAGGGCGUCGACCGGUACCUGGGCGAAGAACUGCAGCACGCUUUUCUGGGAAAGGACCCUGACGGAUUGUCGAUCGACAUCGAUCUCUCCGAUAAGAAACUCAAUUUAGGUUAUGAUCCAUUGCUUCAGGAGCUUCAAAAUGAGAAACUGCUCGACGAAAAGGAUAGCUUUAUAUUACCAGAAUUUCAGCUGGAUCAUUUGGAUCCACUGGCGUUGUCUCCGGAUGACAUGAUGGUCGCCGGUGAAAUUUUACCGUCAACCAGUGCUCAACCUACUUUAAGUGUCCCUAAUAGGGACGUCGAAGGAAUGUGUACAGAGACUGAACAAUCUUCCCUGAUGAAGAAAGCCAUGAUACCAGAUAAUCAGGAAUUGCAGAACAAGUCUACGCAAGUUGUGGUAGAUGAUUUGCGUUGCAUAAAUAGCACGAGCAAAGAAAUCGAGCUGCAAAAGGACAAUGACUUGUGCAAUAAUCCUACGAAUCUCUAUGUGCAGGAUCUCAAUUCUGAAAACCCUAUACAAGAGUUGCAAGGUACAAAGCUAGAUGAAGGUGAUUGUGAAAAUACUAUAAUUGAACAAUUGAAAACGAAAGCUAAGGUAAAAUUAGAACCACGUAUUAUUAAGAAACGUAAGAAAAUACCAGAAAUGAUAGAAAAGAGUUAUGAUAAUGAGAUUAGGAUAUCUGGAGAAGAUAUUGUGGAUACUGAAGAUGGUGUGAUGGCUGUUGUAGCUAUAUCAACAGAUAAAAUUUCAAAUAUGACUCAAAUUGUGAUAAAUACCGGUACAGAGGAACAGAUUUAUCAAGGAAAAACUUCUGAACUUAUAGAAGCUACAGGAAAUUUUCCAAAAUUACCAAAAAUAGAAACUUCAACUGUAUGGAAUGGAACAGUGGAACAUAGUACAGAAAAUCCCAAUAAUCAACAUGAAAUGGUAAUAUCUAAUGCUUUAGAAGAAUUGGGUAUUUCAGAUGAUAACCUACAACCAAUAUCUGUUAAUGAGCAUGGCAAAAUAUGGCUUUGUCCACGUGACGAUUGCAAUAGACAAUUUAGCAAACUUUAUGCUCUAAAAGGUCAUUUACUAGCGCACUAUGGUGUGAGACCUUUCAAGUGUGAUUUCGAAGGAUGUGCCUGGGCAUUUUAUUCAGAGUUUAAACUCAAAAGACAUAAAGAAACUCAUUUGAAACGUAAAGACUAUGUUUGUGAGGUAGAAGGUUGUAAUCGCCGAUUUACUACGAUUUAUAAUUUAUGGAGUCACGCGAAAUUGCAUACUCGCCCAAAUAGAAUAGUAUGCCAAGUGCCAGACUGCCAAGAAAAGUUUCAGACAAAGAGAGCACUGGAACUGCAUAUGAAGAGUCAUGAUCAAAGUCAUGCUCCAUAUGUUUGUAAACACGAAGGAUGUGGCAAAAGAUAUUAUAGUAGUAAUGCUUUGACGUCGCAUCAGAGAUGCCAUAGUUAUAAGGAAGUAGAUGUAAAAUGCUCGUGGCCAGGUUGUGGUAAAGUAUUUGAUAAGCCUUGUAGGCUGAAAGCACACAUACGUUCGCAUACUGGCUGCAAGCCUUACCUUUGUACGUUUCAAGGUUGCCAGUGGGCAUUUUCUUCCUCUAGCAAAUUAAAGAGACAUCAAAAGAAACACACUAAUGAACGAAAAUUCGUGUGCGAUAUACCUUCCUGUGGAAAAGCAUUUAUGAGAUCAGAGCAUCUCAAAGAACAUAGAUUAACUCAUAAAGAAGGAAGGUACUUUCAAUGUUUUAUAUGUAAUGCAAAAUUUUCUGCAAAAAGUAGUUUGUACGUUCAUAUAAAGAAGCAUCAAGUUAAGGAAGAGGUAAAGAUGAACUCACACAAUAACGUCAAUAGUCGAAGCAAGAAGGUACCAUCCAUAAUAAAAUCGAAAAGAAAGUCGAUAGAUCUGAAUGUAAACGUAGCAUGCCUAAAUACAUCUACAAUAACAGAAAAAUCUGAAUGCAAUGAUACAGUAACUCAAAAUAACAGUGAAAGUCAAACUAAGGACGAUACAGUGCCUCCACGAGAUCAAUCUAAGACUUUAUAUCAUUGUCCAGUUGAAACCUGUACACGUUCAUAUACUACAAAAGCUACGUUAAGAGCACACAUGUUAAAAGUACACGGCACUCCUGUUGAUGAGUGUGGUAAAACAGCUAAUAAAAUACCUGGGGAUUCUGUUUGUAACAUGGAUUAUAUUUUAUAUACUGCUCCUUCAAUAUCAGAGCCUACAGAGCAAAUGAUAAUGGUAGCACCUUGCGAUGCGGUUAUUCUCAGUACUUCUUCGGAAACAGAUCGCUCUCUUCCUGAACCAGAACCGCCGCCUCUUAAUAAUGUACUGAAAACAUCGGAACCUUCUUCAAACGCUGCUACACAUAAGCCAUUAUCUAAUCAACAUGUGAGAAAGGAUCAGGGCUCCGCACGGACUGAUCUGACAUUUUCCGAUGUGUGGAAAUUAAAGGCGAAUGGUGCUGUGUUAGAUUCAGUUGCCGGAGCAUCCGAUGUUGUGUUAGGUACAAGUGAAUUAGAAGAGGGUCUUUUGCUCACAGAGGAAUUGCCUUCAAUGUAUUAUCAAGACGAUGUAGUAGGAACAGAAUAUCAGGUACUGUUACUGGAUUCGGUACCAUCUGAAAAUACUAUAAAUCUACGAGGACUCGAAUAAUACAUGUAAUGUACUUUGGAAAUGGGUGAAAAAACUGAUCAUUGUUAUUUUCUAAUAUAGGAUAAGUUUUAAUAUGGUCUGUGAUCAAAGGCUAGUAUGAGCCCCAUUCAUUUAUACUACAGUCCAUAAUUGCUUCAAAUCGUUAUUUUAUUAAUAAAUUAUUGCUAUUUUUCCAAAAAGUU